UAUUUCAUAUGCACGUAAGCCAAUGUAUGGUGACACGUAUGUAACUUAGUAAUAAAUCUACUUUGAACUUCGAAGAGCUCCACCUUUGCGGGCAUCCGAGACCGGUGCAGCCACUGCGCAGAAUCGACUGGCAGAAGCGGCGCAAAGCCGAGACCCGAGAUCAAGCGGAAUGGCGACGGCUGAUGGUGACCUCGGACCGGGCCGGGACUGCAACAUCGUCAUCGUGGGCUGCGGAAUCGCGGGGAUAGCGGCAGCGCAGCGGCUGAUGGAGCACGGCUUCGGCCGGGUGCGCAUCAUCGAGGCAACGGAGCGGUGCGGCGGCCGCAUCUGGAGCCACAGCUUCGGUGAGAACGGCGCGGUGAUGGACAGAGCGGCGGCCAAACAGCAUGCCAGCCUAGCCCGGAGUCGGGCGACAGCGGCCAAUGAGCAUAGGGCCGUGAAAGGUUUGGUUGAAAUUGGAGCACAGUGGAUCCAUGGCCCCUCGAAGCGGAACGCUGUAUUUCAGUUAGCUGGCCAAUACGGUCUUCUGGAUGAAACAGCAAUGUCCGAGGAGAACCAGGCAGUACAACUAGACACUCACCUGCCGGCCAUGACAACCUGGUACACCAGCUCUGGGAAGAGAAUAGACCCAGAGAUAGCAGCUUCCAUGGAAGAUCUAUAUUCAACGCUGUGCCUGAAAAGCAGAGAAUUCUUCCAAUCAAAGAAAGAACCUGUCCAGAGCCUGGGCGAAUUUCUCAAGUGUGAAAUAGCUCAGUGUGCAGAAAGUUGGAAAGACAAUGAGGAACUGUGCAGUCUUAAACUGGCCCUGCUGAAUGUGGAAUUUAAACUGGAAUGUUGUGUGGCAGGCACUGACAGCUUGGAUCUGUUGGCACUACAGCCGUAUGGUGAAUAUGUGAUGCUGCCUGGGAUUGACUGCACUUUUCCAAGGGGAUUUAACAGCCUCAUUGAUGAAAUGAUGAAACCCCUGCCAAAGAACUUAGUGUCAUUCAACAAGUCAGUUAAAUGCAUCCAUUGGAAUGGUUCCUUUGAAACACCAGCAGCUCUGAAACAGUCUUACCCGGUUGUAGUGGAGUGCGAAGAUGGCAAAAGUAUACCAGCAGAUCAUGUUAUAGUCACUGUCCCUUUAGGUAAUGUCCCAUUUGAGAUUCAUUUUCCCAACAAGCUGCAUCGCCUAGCAACCCACCGAUUUGAUCCUGGCCUAAACACAGGUUUCCUCAAGGAACAUUACAAAGCUUUCUUCUACCCCCCAUUUCUUCCCAGCAAAACCAAUUCCAUUCAGAAAAUGGGUUUUGGAACAAUUGAUAAAAUCUUCCUUGAAUUUGAUGAGCCAUUUUGGGAGCCAGAAUAUGAUUUAAUCAAACUGGUCUGGGAGGAUGAAUCUCCGUUAAAUGAUCGGCCGCCAGAUCUGCAGAAGACCUGGUUUAGGAAGGUCCUUGGUUUUAUUGUCCUUAAACCAGCUGAAAGGUAUGGCCAUGUCCUCUUAGCUGUGCUGACGGGGCAGGAAGCCAACCUAAUGGAGCAGUUAUCAGACUCUGAUGUUAAAGAUUGUUUGACACAAAUCAUACAUCAGUUUACAGGAAACCCCUCAAUACCUCCACCAAAGAGUAUAGUACAGGGGUCGACAACCUUUACCACUGGAAGAGCCAUUUGGACCCAUUUCCCACAGAAAAGAAAACACUGGGAGCCACAACGAAUGCGGCUCCGGAGCCACGGGUUGCCAACCCCUGGUAUAGUACGAUCAAAAUGGUACAGUGAUCGGUUCACAAAGGGAUCCUAUAGUUAUGUCGAAGUUGGCAGUUCGGGUGAUGAUAUAGAUGUUAUUGCACAACCUCUCCCAUCAACGUCUGCAGAGGAACAGGCAUUCACAGCAGAUCGAACGAAACACAACAGAAUCAAUGAAGAACUACACACUACGUGAAUGGUGAACGAGUAGUCUUUGGGGUACUGCAAGUCUGUGUUUUUAUUGAUGCUUUGCUGCACGCCUGAGUGCUCGGUG